AUGCACAGACAUCGUCGAUCUCGCUCCAGAUCAAGAUCUAGAUCUCGUUCCCAGAUCUCACCACAUCGAAGUGGCUCAAGCGGACUUACGGCAAGUCAAAAACGCAUCAUGGAAAUGGAGGCGCGGAUUCGAGCGCUAGACAAAAGCCUGGAAGCCUCUUCGCACAAAAUUCAGGUCUAUGAGGAGAGGGAAAAACAACUUUCAAGAAGCCCGAAAGCAAAAAGAGCCCGAAGCCCUCAAAGAAGGCCAAGAAGUCCAGCAAGAAGGCCGAGAAGCCCUGAAAGACGGCCCAAAAGCCCAAGAAGGUCUAGAAGUCCCGAAGAGAACAAAUUCCGAAGAAUCAAUGAUUUUCGGCUGGAAUUUGAAGCCUCAACUUCAAAUUUUCGCGAAAAUCCGGCCUAUGAACCGCUUCCAGUUUAUCCGACUUCAGAAUCGUCUGGAAAAUUUGCGUUUCCAAGUUUUUGGAGAGCUGAUGAGCCGGAAAUUUGUGCGGAACCUGUGCCAAUUUAUCCGGGACCAUUUUUCAAAGAAGAUGAAGAUGAAGAAGAGGAAGAAGGUAUAGAUCGAAGGGAAGUAGAGCGGGAGAGAAGGUGGAGAAAAAGGUGAGUGAUUUUGGGCUGGAAAUAUCGAUUUUUGACUGAAAAUUGGUCUGGAAUCGGAAAAUUCGAGGUUUUUUUGUCCAGAAAGCUGAAAAUCAUAAUUUUCUACUGAAAAUGACCCCAUAAACUUGAAAUUCUGCAAUUUUCUUUUAAAAUUGCUCCAGAAGCUUAAAAUUCUACUCAUUUCAGUCUGGGAAGCUGAAAAUCAUGAUUUUCGACUGAAAAUUGCUCCAGAAGCUUGAAAAUCUGUAUUUUUUGGUCCCUAAGCUUGAAAUUAAGCAAUUUUUGACUGAAAAUUGGUCUAGAAUCGGAAAAUUCGAGGUUUUCUGGUCCAGAAAGCUGAAAAUCAUGAUUUUCUACUGAAAAUUGGUCUAGAAUCGGAAAAUUCGGGGUUUUCUGGUCCAGAAAGCUGAAAAUCAUGAUUUUCUACUGAAAAUAGGUCUAGAAUCGGAAAAUUCGAGGUUUUUUGGUCCAGGAAGCUGAAAAUCGUGAUUUUUGUCUAAAAGUUGGUCUAGAAGCUGGAAAAUUGACCAUUUUAGCCUAGAAACCUUCAAAAACUGAAAUUUCGAGGGAUUUGAUACUAAAUUGCUCUAAAAGCUUGAAAAUUUCACAUUUUCAACUCGAGAAGCUGAAAAUUUGGAAAUUCUAACUGAAAAUUGCUCCAGAAGCUUGAAAAUUGACCAUUUUUAGCCUAGAAACCUUAAAAAACUGAAAUUUUGAGGGAUUUGAUCCUAAAUUGCUCAAGAAGCUUGAAAAUUUCACAAUUUCGGUCCUUAAGCUUGAAAUUAUGCAAUUUUUUACUGAAAAUGGCUUCAGAAGCUGAAAAUCAUCAAUUUCAGCUCAGAAUUCGAUAUUUUUGCUCAAAAUUAAUUUAAAAUGCUCCCAGAGCUCCAAAAAUCCUGAAAUUUGGCUCAAAAACCACGUCACAACUCAAAUUUUCCCGAAUUUUUGCAGAGAAGAAGAAAAAAAGCAGCUGGCAGAAUUGGCACAAAAAGCCGAAAAAAUCCGCAAACAACACCUGAUGGAAGUGGAAAAAAAGAGGAAAAAACAAGAGAAAGAAGAGGAGGAGGAAAAACGAAGAAAAAAGAGAGAAGCCGAGAAAAAAGAGGAGGAAAUUCGGAGGAAAAUGAGAGAAAAUGAGAGGAAAAUGGAGGAAUUGAGAAGGAAAAAGAAGGAAAAAGAGAAUGAAAAGAAGGAGAAGGAAAUGACGAAAAUCAGCCAAAAGACCGUGUAUUCCAAUUAUAUUGAUCGAAUUUUGGUUUUCUUCAAAGAGCUCAAAUUGUCACUGGGAGCAUUGAAUUAUGAUUCGAGUUUUAAGAGGAAUGAAAAAGGAUAUGAUGGUUGGUGCAUUUUUUGGGCUGAAAAUUUGAGAAAUUCGGCUGAAAAUGAGCAUUUUGAGCUGAAAUUCGAGAAAAAUCAGUGAAAAAUGAGCAUUUUGAGCCAAAUUUCGAGAAAAAUGAUGAAAAACUGAGUUUUCCUGGUUUUUGAGCUCAAAUUUGAGAUUUUUAGCUGAAAAUAGGUGAAAACUGAGUAUCUAACAAGAUACGCAGCCAAAUUUAUACUAAAAUUAGUUUCUUGACUGAGUAUUAAACGUACACAGCCAAAUUUAUCCUAAAAUUAGUUUCUUAACUGAGUAUCUAACGAGAUACGCAGCCAAAUUUACUUCGCAUCUGUUGACUGAGUAUCUAAUGAGAUAUGCAGUCAAAUUUAUCCUAAAAUUAGUUUCUUGACUGAGUAUUAAACGUACACAGCCAAAUUUAUCCUAAAAUUAGUUUCUUAACUGAGUAUCUAACGAGAUACGCAGCCAAAUUUACUUCGCAUCUGUUGACUGAGUAUCUAAUGAGAUAUGCAGUCAAAUUUAUCCUAAAAUUAGUUUCUUGACUGAGUAUUAAACGUACACAGCCAAAUUUAUCCUAAAAUUAGUUUCUUGACUGAGUAUCUAACGUACGCAGUCAAAUAUACCCCAAAUUCAUUGCGUACUAUUUGCUUGAGUAUCUAACGUACGCAGUCAAAUAGGUUCUAACAUUUACUGUUCAUUUUUUGACUGAGUAUCUAACGUACGCAGCCAAUUUUGUCCAUCCCAAAUUUCAAUUUUCAGAUUGGACCACAAUUUGCCACAUCACAAACAUCCCAAAAGAGCUAAUUAGCGCAACUUCGAUCGGAAAAGAGACGAAACAGUGAGAAAUUUUUGAAUUUUGCAAUUUUCGCGCCGAAAAUUGGCUUUAGCUACAAGAAAUGCGUCAGCAAUACACUUUGCUGACGCAUAUUUUGUACCCGGCCUUAUUUGGUCUCAAAAUGCUCGAAAUUUCGCGGGGAAAACGCCACGUGGCAUAUUUUUUGCGCGAAAAAUCAUGAGCUACAAAAAAUGCGUCAGCAUUACACCUUGUUGACGCAUAUUUUGUACCCCGUCUUAUUUGGUCUCAAAAUGCUCCAAAUUUCAAGGGGAAAAUUGCCACGUGGCAUAUUUUUAGCGAAAAAAUCAUGAGCUACAAAAAAUGCGUCAGCAUUACACCUUGUUGACGCAUAUUUUGUACCCCGUCUUAUUUGGUCUCAAAAUGCUCCAAAUUUCAAGGGGAAAAUUGCCACGUGGCAUAUUUUUAGCGAAAAAAUCAUGAGCUACAAAAAAUGCGUCAGCAUACAUUUUGCUAGCGCAUAUUUUGUACCCGGCCUUAUUCGGUCUCAAAAUGCUCCAAGUUUCACGGGGAAAAUUUCCACGUGGCUUAUUUUUAGCUGAAAAAUCAUGAGCUACAAGAAAUGCGUCAGCAUUACACUUUGCUGACGCAUAUUUUGUACCCGGACUUAUUUGGUGUCAAAAUGCUCCAAAUUUCGCGCUAAAUUCAAAUUUUCAUUCCAGCGUCUCCCGAAAUCAUGCAGUCGAGCGGUUUUUCGAAAAAUUGGUCCUAUUCGGAAUUUUGCCAAAAAACGUCAAAGAGGAUUUUCUGAAGUACAAAACGUAUCCCGUAUUUUUGGCCGGAAUAAUGGAUCAAUUCUUCAACGAUAUUGCCAUAUACGGAACACAAAUCAGUGGUAAAAUUUUCAGCAAUUUUCAGAUUUUCAGCCAUUUUCUCUCCGGAUUACUGUAGAUCGUCAAGUUUGACGCGUUUUGACACCAAACACGCCAGCAAAAUGCUUGCUGACGCGUUUUUUGUAGAUGAUUCGUAUUUUUUCCCGAUUUUCCACCUCCCAGACCAGAAAAUUUGAAAAAAUCCCGUUUUCCCACGUUUUUAGUCUCAAAAUUGACAGUUUUCUACUAGAAUCACCCAAGUUCCCAUUUUCCCGAAUUCCCAGUUUCCCAAGCUCCCAAAAUCCGAGUUUCUCUAACUUCUAGCUCCAAAAAGAUUCCGAACUGCAAUUUGCAGCAAAUUUCAAGAGCUCUAAUAUUGAUUUUUGAAUUUUUCGCGGAAUUUUGAGUUUUUAGACACCCAUAUUCAUAUACUUCCGAUAACUUUGGAAAAUUUUCAAAGUUAUCGGAAGUAUAUAAAUAUGGGUGUCUAAAAACACGAAAUUUCACGAAAAAUUCAAAAAUCGAUAUUAGAGCUCAUGAAAUUUGUCGAUUUUUGAGUUCCCCGUGAAAUUUCGAGUUUCUAGACACCCAUACUUACCAUAAGUCCCUAUUUUUCUUCUUCCCACAGUAACCGCCGAUCGUGAGAUGACGAAAAAGUUCGCCGAAUUCACCAAGCAAAAAUCGCACGAUUUCUGGAAACGUCAACAAACUGUCGUCGUACGUUUUUGCUGUUUUCGCGGGCCCGAAAAUCGAAUUUUUGAAAAUUUAAGGAAGCGUUUCUCAAGUGCCAAGUUGCUGAAAAAGUUCCGAAGAAUUUGCUCGAAGCUACAAAAUCUGCGCCAGCAAGACCGCCUACAAGUUAUGCGCCAGCAACACCAACAACAGCAGCUACCCAAAUUGCGCCAAUCAUGAACUACUUGCAAACAUGCGUCAACAAUCAACAGCCGCAUUUCAAUCCGAUGGGACCACCACCGUCUAUUCAAUAUAUGGGCCCAGGCCCGGCCCAAAUGGGGCCUGGCCCAUUUCUUGGCCCACCAAUCAUGGGACCACCACAAGAAUUUCAUUUUUUCGCCGGCCCACUUCAGCCCCCGGCUCAAGGGCCCCCAGCUCCACGACCCGAUUAUCCGGUACAAUGUUUUCCGCAAGGCACCGCGCGGACAUCUAUCAAGCCGCAACCUCUGAUGGGCCCGAAUGCGGAAGCGGAAGCGAAUAUCGAUUGGUUGAAUGAUAUUUUUGAGUAG